AUGGACGAGUUAAGAGAUCGCAUUAGUAAUACGCUCCGCAUCGAGGACAACAAACUCGUACGAGAGUUGCUAGCCGAGACGAUUGGCACAUUCUUUCUAUUGCUUAUUGGUACCGCAGCCAAUAUCCAAGCUGCAGCCUCUGUUGGUGGAAAUAUGACAUCAUGUCAUAUAGCAUGGGGUAUUGGAUUUAUGUUUGCUGUAUAUCUAGCUGCUAGUGUAUCAGGUGCUCAUCUUAACCCAGCCAUAUCAUUGGCUCAAUGGGUACUCGGCAACAUCCCGGCUUGGAAGGUCAUCCUCUACACUAUUGCCCAGAUUAUCGGUGCUUACUUGGGAACUGCUGUUAGUUACUUCGGACAUCAUGACGAUCUCUGGAAGCUUGACGGUGGUGUACGACAGGUGGUUGGUUCACAAGCUACUGCCGGCCUGUUUACGACAUUCCCUACUCCUCAGAUGAGUGUAUGGGGAAGCCUUCUUGACCAAAUAAUCGGUACUGCAAUCCUAGCGGGUCUUAUAUGCCUCAUAACUGAUAAAAGGCACAGAAUCCCAGCUGGAUUAGUUCCGCCCUUGGCUGGUGCGAUUAUGUCAAUGGUCGCAAUGACAUUUGGUGCCAAUGGUGGUUUCGCCAUCAAUCCAGCUCGAGAUCUUGGCCCAAGACUUUUCACUCUUUGUGCCGGCUAUGGAUGGGAGGUGUUCAGCGCUUAUGGAUUCUACUUCUGGAUUCCAAUUGUUGGCCCAUUAAUCGGCGCGUUGAUCGGAGCUUGGUUGUACAAAAUAUUUGUCGGACUUCACGGACUCAAUGAAGACCUAGAGCUUACCCAUAAGGGUUACAAUGUAAGUGUGCCUGUGAAUUAUAAUGGGGAACCAACCCAACAACUUCGACAAAAGCCGGUCGCUUACGUUGCCGAGGCUCAAGUUCGACAGCAGCCUCUCAGCAGGGCCUAUUAA